AUGUAUAUGGUCUACACUAUACUCAAGGACAGGCAGCUCCAGCACAACCAACUGUCCAAUCGUACACCACUACCACCGAAACCCCAAUACGAUUAUAUAGUAGUCGGCGCUGGGAGUGCCGGUGCUAUUGUCUCGUGUCGUUUAAGCCAAUGGGGUUGGGAUGUACUGCUACUGGAAGCUGGCGGACCACCCGAUGCCCAAUUUGAUGACAUACCGGCCCUUUGCGGACAAUCUGUACGCCAGGAAAGCUAUUGGUUUUAUAAGCAAACCCGUCAGCAAUAUACUGGACACUCGAUUAAUGGGGAUGGUCGGGAAAUUGAGGCCAAAGGUCAUGUAUUAGGUGGUACCUCACAAGUUAAUUAUAUGAUAUAUAAUAGAGGUAAUCCUAAAUACUAUGAUAUGAUUGCCUCAAAAUACGGUGCCAUUGGUUGGGAUUACGCAAGUGUUUUGCCAGUAUUUAAACUAAUGGAAAACAAUACCGACCACCGGCUAAGCGAUCAGUAUCACGGACGACAGGGACCAGUAGGUGUGUCCACACCGGGUGAACCGUAUCUGAUAUUACAAAAACAAGCCCAGGCUGCCCGGGAAUGGGGAUUGGAAUCAACCGAUUAUAAUGGUCUAAAUCAAACAGGUUUUGCCAUAUCACAGAUGACCAGUUCCCGUGGUCUCAGGUCAUCUACUUUGAAUGCCUAUUUGGAAAGUGAUAGUUUGUGUCCCCAAUUGACUAUAGUUACCGGAGCUCAGGUAUCUAAAAUACUAAUCGAUAGUAAUGGUGAUGAUGAUGAUGGCAUACCCCGGGCACAGGGAGUCGAGUUUAUUAAGUAUAAUCGCAAACAUCAGGUACGGGCUAAACGUGAAGUCAUAGUAUCGGCAGGUACAAUAGCCAGUCCACAGUUGCUAAUGGUAUCGGGUAUAGGUCCGGCCCAACAUUUACUGGAAUCGGGUAUUACCACUAUAUAUGCCGAUCUACCGGCGGUUGGCCAAAACUAUUGCAAUCACGUAUGUACAGUACUGGGCUUCCCAAUUACCCAGCCGGGUAUGGCUGCUGGCCAACCAAUAUCCAUGGAUAAUCUAAAUCAAUUAUACAAUCUAACCUACCUGUCCACUGGUCCGCUAAGUGAACAACAAUUUUCCAUAAUGUAUUGGUCGUCAUCCCAUGAUAAUGGUGUCGAUAUCAUCAAUCACCCAGAUAUCUAUUUAGCUACUACUGCUACUACUACCAAUAGUGAUCGAUUAAGGCUCCGGGAGGCAGUUAUCCGUACGUUUAAGUUUGUCGAAACUACUAGUUUCCGACAGUUUGUACGUAUGGAUAGUGAACCGGUAGCUCCGUGCCAGUACUGUCCCACUGGUCCUGUCUACCAGUGUUUGAGCUAUAUUGAUUGUUUGAUCAGGGAAUGGGCCGGCACUCAUGUUCAUCCAGUCGGUACCUGUCGUAUGGGUGACCCCCGGCGCAGGGAUACUGUAGUCGACCCCAGAUUGCGUGUCAAAGGUAUACGCGGACUUCGUGUUUGCGAUGCGUCCGUCUAUCCCGAGGUAAUGAAUGCCAAUACCAAUGCACCGGCAAUGAAUUCGUGA